AUGGCGGGCGAGUGCCGGGACGUCUCCGGGGUACACAUUGCCCCCGCCGAACUCUGCUUCAGGGACGCGGUGCCGGGGGGCCGCUACCGCGCCGAGCUCAGCAUCCAGAACCGGCGGCUAAAGAGCUGCCGUCUCCAGUUGCUGCCGCCGCUUCGGCCACAGUUUAAAUUGAUUGUGGAAAAUCCAGAAAAACCUGUUGCAUCUGGACUUCAAGUUACAGCUGUUGUGGAGUAUUAUCCUUCAAGUAAAGAAGAUCUUCAAGACAGACUACGUCUUCUAAUAGAAGAUGACAUAUUUGAUAUCCCCGUGUUUGGAUUAAUUCCAUGCUGUUACCUGGAAACUGAGUCGGAGAUUGAUUUUGGUCCAGUGAUUGCAAACAGCAAAAUAAUUAGUAAAGAGUUUUGUAUUUCUAACCAUGGAACAGCUUCAGGUACAUUUAAAAUCUCAUAUGAUGGGGCUGUCCUACUGAACAUAGAACCUAUCAGUGGAGUAGUAAAACCAGAAUCUAGAAAGAUCAUUAAAAUCGCUAUCUGCACAGAUGUGCCUAGAAUCAUCAAAGAAGUGAUAAAAGUGGAUUUGGAAGGUCGUGGCUGCACUGAAGUGUGUGUCAAAGGUGUUGUGGUUGAACAAGUUCUUAAAGUUCUCGGAGUGUCAAGUGGAAAUGUACUGGAAUGCAUUAACUUUGGACCAGUUUACUUUGGAUCUUCAAAGACCAAACAAAUAUUGUUAUACAAUGAAAGUCCUGAGUGUAUGGACUGGGUAGCAGUACUGGAAGAUGAUGCUGUUGGAGGAGAGAUGGGGACAGAUCUUCAGAAGAGUGCAGAUGCUGUUUUGCAAGACUUAAGCCUCAAAAAUAGAACAGAAGAUGUAGAUGUUUCCACCUUGAUCAUGUGCACUCCCAAUCAAGGAACGCUGCUGCCUUACGAGCAAUCUUUGGUUACCUUGCGCUUUAGUCCAGAAAAAUUAGAAUGGGUCUUUGGAGAGAAUUACUCACCACUGAAGCAAGAUUAUGUACUGUUUCUGAGGUUUGAAGCUGUUGGGAGUAAAAAUGUUUAUCUGCAGUCCCUCAAUGAUGGUGGUGCCACAGGAAACACAAUGAACCACCAUCACACGGAGUUAGCUUUGAUAGGUUCUGGGCUUCCUGUCCUGUUAACUUUUAAUCCAGGACCAGUUAUUAAGUUUAUGGACUGUUUCUUUGGUGAAAAAACAGAAGUUCUCUGCACACUCAAAAAUGAAUCUGAGUCCCUUCCAGUAACAUUCAGCUUCCAGAAGACUGCUCAUUUUAAUAUUUAUCCUGAAAAAGGAAAAAUAGAAAAGAAAUCUGCAAAGGAUGUGAUAUUUUCAUUUUCUCCACAUCAAAUAGGAACAAUUAAAGUGAAGCAAAUUGUUGAUAUCAUUGAUACAAGACUAGAGGAAAAUAAUUUACACAUUUCAAAAAUGAAGUCCUUUCAUCAAAAAUAUUUGAGCUUUAUUGGUGUGUGCAAAUCUAAACGGAAAAAUAUUCUCUUCAAAAUUAAUCCUGGUAUAGCACCGAUGAUAUCCAAUGCAACUGGGCACUUUGUAGCUGAUAGUACAGGACAGUACUUUGAUACAGCACCUGUGGCAUUACUUAAGUCAGCCUUAACACAAAUUCACACUCACCGGAUAAACAGGAACUGUAAGGAUGAUGCACUUAUUGCUUUUCCUAAUGACCGUGCAGCCAGCCUUAGGCCUAGUGAGUGGAAUAAAAAGUACAGGACUAUAUUCACAAAGACUGAGAGAUAUAAUUAUAUAGAUCCUGAGUUUUGUUAUACUGACAGUGAACGACGUUCAAAAGAAGCACAUAAGGAAUACUACAGACACUUCAUUUCUAGUUUAAGACAGCGGCGCUUACAGAAAGAGGUCACUAGGCAGUUUUAUAUUUUCAAUAAUUCUGUGAACAUAGGCCUUAAACCAGCUGAAGGGCUUGUGUCACCAAAGCUCUCAGUCACAGAUUUUCACAAGGAGAAGCUUCAGUUUAAAAUGCUUCCUUUAGCUGAGAAUUGCCUAUUAACUAGUAAAAAACUCGCAGCAAUUGGUUCUAAAUCUUCAGUCAAAGAAAUUUGGAGUGGGUUUAGUUCUAUGCCAUCUUCUACCCAAGAGAAGGAAGAUUGCAGUUUAACUUUGACUCCCAAACAGCUUCAUCAGAUACUAAUUGGUCCUUCUACUAUAGAUUUUGGUGAUGUUUGUGUGCAUUCUACAACAGCCAGAAAACUGUACAUCAUCAAUAACUUGUUAGUUCAUAUAUGGAUACAAAUUGAGAUUGAAAUUGAUGAAUUGCAGCAGACGGGUCCAUUGUCUCAGGUGGUGCCUCCUCUUACAAAGACUGAUAUUCCAAUUGUAUUUGAGACAGACACUCUUGGAAUCUUUAAAAGAUCUUUCAAUUAUACAAUAAACAACCAUCACCUUGGGCAUGUUCUGGUAGUAGCAAAAGCAGUGUCUUUUGAACUGGAGCUGUCUACAAGGGAACUGAUUUUAAAACCUGUUCCUGGCUACCUAGCAGAGACAGAAUUCAGAACAGCUGUCAGGGUGUACAAUCGCAGAAACAGUCCUGCUGAAUUUACUUGGAAACCUAUAAUCACAGAUAGAGAAACUGAAUUUUCUAUACAGCCAGCCAAAGGCUUUGUGGAGGCCUACGGAGAUCUGGAGUGUGAAGUCCUUUGGCAUCCACACUUCAGCUCUCCAGAGGCAGGAGAAUUCAGCUUGUGUGUGCGUGAAGGAAACACGAUGAACCUGAAAUGUUUUGCUAAGCUUGGUACUACUAAGGUUCAGUUUAUAGAACACAGGAUACCCUUCAGUAAUAGUCCACUGGGAUUAUCUACUUACAAGACAGCCACUCUUCAAAACGUAGGAUAUAAUCAUGCAUACUUCCAAGUUCUUGAUUCAAACCCACUGCCUGGAAUGAUGAUCACCCCUUCUAAAGGGGUGGUACCUGUGGGAGGCCACGCUGAUCUCAAAAUAUGUUUCACUCCAAAUGCAAAAAUGAGUUUUGAUACAAGAGUGGAGGUAGCAGUGCGAAAUUCAGGAGUUCUAGAGCUUAGGAUUAGUGGAUUUGUAGAGAUCCCUGAAAUAGACAUUGAUGUGGAACUCUUUGACUUUGGUGGUGUUUAUGUCGGUUCUACAAAAUCAAUUCCAUUUUUGCUGCAGAAUGAAGGACAAUCGUGUACAAGAGUGGAUUUUGAUUUUUCUGAGUAUAAAGAUUUUAAAUUGAAUGCUAAUGACCAUUCAGUGGUUGACUGCUGUUCUUCAAAUCCUCAUUUGUAUUCAGUUAACUUAAAGGGAAAGUCAGCUUUGCAAUGCUUCUUGUCCUUCAUGCCAAAAGAGGUGGCAGCAUACGACUUCACUCUUCCACUUGAUACUCCUCAAGCUGACUUCCACUUGACAAAGCCAAGCCCUGAAGCUCCAACUUCGGUGGGGUCUGCAAAGCACGUCGUUGCACCUCGGCCAGAGGCAGUGACUGUGGCUGUUCCUUUCUGUAGAGUUAAAGCAGUGGUACUUAAAUCCCCACUGGAAUUUUCCUCAAUGGAACUAAAAUUUGCACGACAUUCAAGUGGCACACGUUUGAAUAGUGCUGAUGAAAGUGUGAAUUCUCAGGAGCUUUACCUGAAGAAUAUCUCAAGGAAGCAGCUGACAUGGAAAUUGAAUUGUGAUGAUGCAGGCAAAAAUACAACAGGCAGUAUUUUUAAAUUUAGUCUGAGGACCGGAUUCCUUGACCCAGGACAAAAAACCAGUAUUGCUGUAUUCUUCUGCCCUUCUUUUCCAGGGACGUAUACAUCUGAAGCAUCAGUGUAUGUAAAUGAUAAUCCAUCACAUUACAAAAUAACAUUGUCUGGCAUUGUGAAGUCACCAAAAAUAAAUUUUCAACCUCCCUUUCUAAUGCUGAUGCCAGUUCCUUUGGAUGUGAAGACUAAAACAGCCGUCAGUAUCAUUCCACAAGGUUAUUUAAGGCAAUCACGAAUUCAAGUUAAACUUCCAGAGCUGGAACUUGAAGAUGGUGACUGGAUCUGCCCUUUUUCUGUACAGUUCCCAAAUGGACAACAUAUUACUCUUUCGUCUGAUGGCACAAAUAAGGAACUAAUUUGUCUUAUCAGCUUCAGAUCAUCUCGGCCUGUUUCACUUUUAGAGAAUAUAUCCUUUAUUGAUGAAGAAGAAAACAGGUUCUCAAUUCAAGUUGCUGCAACAGCAGAGAAUUGCCUUCUUACUUUGUACCCAUAUUUGGCAUUUCACCGCUCUGAUCAACAAAUUAUCUUAAAAAACCACUUGUCACCUUGUUUUAUAGGCACUGAAGACUGCAGAAGUGGAAAAGUUGUUCUGCAUCCAUGUUACACUCCACAAUCAACUUUCUAUAGUACUUCCUCAAGUUCCUUUGGUACAAUCACUGACUCAAGCUACGAAGAUUCUCAAGAAUCAUUUUCCAAUAGUAUUUCCUCAUGUUCCUCUGAGUCGUAUAGUACUUUAGAAAGCGAGAGUGAUGAAACUAUGAGUGAAAAGAGUGAAGCUGACAGUGAAAGUGAUGGGAGAGAAAGUACAUUUGAAUCAUCAUUCUUUCCUGAUGAAGACAAGAAAGAGUACAUAUUCUUCCAGAAAACCCUAACUGCUGUCAAGAAUUGGUUCACUCUAUUUGGUUGGUCUACAGGACAAAAUCCUAUUUCAAUACCACAUUCACUAAGACGUGACUUGUGUAAAGUCCAUAUGAAUUCUUCACAAGAAAAGGCUUCUAAACAAAAACUUGGCAAAGAUAACAAGACCAUUUAUGAAAUGUUAUCCCAUCUGAGUGGACAGUACUUACCAGGCAUUACCUCAAAGCAGUCAUUGCCCCUUGAUUCAGCUGAACGAAUGAGACAGCUGCACAGGGAGUGUUCUGCAUUGCUUGCUUUGCUAAAAAACAAAGGAGCGUAUCUUCCUCACGUCAUGCCAGAAUUUCUGCUUGAACCCGAUGCUUAUAAGCAAUGGAUUAACGUGCAAACUAUACAGGAAGGUCAGGCACCUGAGUUGAAAAAAGAAGAUACAGAAUAUUCAGACACAUUUAGUGACAAGAAUCUAUUUAUUCUGGAGGACAGCGUAUUUGAGACAAUAAGCAAGCGUGCUUGGACAGAUGUGUUACUGCAAAUAUACAAGGUGUUUGUUCUUUCACAUGUUUCUUCACGUAAUAUCCCUGAUCUCAGCUUGGAAAGCAAGCAAAACAUCCCAAGAUUUAAAUCAGAACCUUUAUCCAGUAAUAUAUAUUCUCCACAUGAACGAACCAUCCUCACCUGGUUGAAUAAGAAUUAUGAGAAGAAUCGAAGAACUGUGUGGAAAAAUUGUCAAAAAGGUGAAGUACCACCAAAGAGGUGGAUAGUAAAUUUUGACCGAGAUCUUCUAGAUGGUCUGGUACUGGCAGCACAGCUGGCAGCUUAUUGUCCACAUUUGAUUGCUACUCAUUUUGUAAGGAUGUAUACUAAUCCAAGAACUCCUGCACAGCUUCUGCACAACUGUUUGAUACUUGUGAAUGCCAUGCGUGCUGUCAGUCUGGCUAUAGACAUAAAGGCAACAGACAUCUGUGAUCCAAACCCAGUCAUGAUGCUUAUUCUAUGUGUCUACCUGUAUGAAUGUCUCCCUCACUACUUAGCUGUGAAGACUAUAGAAUUUACAGGUGCUCUCCAUGCUACUGUUGUAAAACAGGUGCGUCUGAAAAACCCAAGCGGUAAAACCUUGAAGUACAAAGCUAUUCUUGUAGGAAGAGAUGCUAAUGAUUUCUCAUUACCUAAAGGAAAGACUGUCACCAUUGCCCCUAAGGGACAAAAAAUCAUAAAUGUGGAAUUCACCAGUCGUUUUCUGCGCCCUGCUGAAGCAGUGUUGCUACUGACCUCAAAGAGUGUAGGUGGAAUAAAUGGUGCCUCGAUGUCAUUCUCUCUGAAAUCUGAAGUCAAGCAUAUUGAGCCUGCUGAUAUAUUCAAAUGUAAAUCCCCAUGUUAUGAGCUGAAGAAAGUUGUCAUAAAUGUUACUAAUCCCUUCAGAAGUGAUGGCAUAUUCAGGGUAAUUUUGCUGGAAUCCACAACUUAUUUAAUGCAGCCAGAGCAAGUAUAUCAAGCCAGGCAAGUAAAGCAAGAGCAAACAUUCAGUUCUGAAAAUAAGAUGUUAAAUCUAAUAAAUGGUGCAUUGCAUGAACAUCCAAAUGAAGAGAACAACUUAAAUUGCUCUGACCAAUUCAGUCUUCUGCAUGAGUUCCAUAGUCCAGUGGAAAAACUGUUCCUGCAAGGGAAAAGUUCUGCGGGUUUAGAUAUCCACUUCCUUCCCUUUAAUUUGGAAAAACGUUACUGCACUGUCAUUCUGGUUAAUGAACUGAUUGGAGAAUUUGUAUACCUGAUAGAGGGAACGGGUGAUAUACCUUUACCUUCAGGACUGCUUCCAAUGGAUAGUCCAAACGUUUUGUAUGUUAGCAGUAUAUUAGAAGGUUCAAGGGCAGAAAAACCAGUUUUGUAUUUGAAAUGUGUUCUUGGUCAGAUUCUUCGAGAAAAUUUGAGAAUUCCAUUGAUCAAUGAGUCCCGAGAGAGGGCUCUGGCCAUUGCUGCACAACAACAGAUGUCAGCUAUUGAAUACAAAAGGAGAAAGACCACAGGGACUCUGAAGAGCAGCAGUGUUCGAGUUGCAACUGCAUUGUUAGGACUAUCCAAAGUAGAGAGACAUGCACUCCUAAAACCUCAAAAAUUUCCCCCAGAAUUGAAGCAUGUGGAUUACAGAGUAGAAGUGAGCGUGCAAGAAUUCUUUGAGGUACCCAAGAAGUUCUCUAUUCCAGUGUUGGCAUCAAGCAGAGUUGAUUUGGAGGUUCCAUCCAAAAAAGAUCUCUCACCUCAGCAAACAGACACAAGUGAUGCAGUUGAACUUCCUAUAAAAUUCACCCCUCAGCGUCCUGGUUUCUACCACUGUCAGAUUCUUCUGAAGUCAUCCUCUGAUGUUCGUCUCUAUGAGAUUGAGUGUGUAGUGAAUACAGACUAUGUUGAAGCAGAGCUUGAAUUUCAAACUCCAGCUUACCAGGCAGUGGUUCAGGAUAUUCCAAUAAGUAACUUGUCCAGACAGGACUGGGAACUUCAAGCAGUUUUGAAAGGACAGGGUUUUUAUGGCCCUUCUCUACUAAACGUGCGUCUGAGUGAAACAGCUCUGUAUCCUCUCAUGUUCAAGCCUAUUGCUAAGUGUGAAACAAUGGGAAGACUUAUUCUGCAAAAUGAUACAACUGGCACUGAGAACAUCUUUACACUUAAGGGAACAGGGAAGAAACCUCUGGUAGAGGAUCAUAUAGUGGUAGAUUGCCAAGUGAAAAACGUUACCCAAAAAAUUAUAAUGGUGCCCAAUUAUACCAAGAACAAGUUAACAUACAAGGUCUUUUCAGAUCUUGCAAUGGUGGGUGGUGCACCUGUUCUUACUGUAGAAUCAAAUCACACAGUCGCUUACACUUUGAGUGUAUUUCCAUGGAGACGAGGAAUCUUUCAAGGUGUAAUUUCAUUUGUUGCUCAAGAUGAAGACCAACAGCAGUCUCAACAGAACAGCUCACCACAUAAGACAGAUGGUGAACAGGCCCUUGAGAAGCUGUCAACAGAGACACCACAAACUGUUGAUGCAACAAAUAUGGGAGGAAGUUCUUCAAAUUGCAGAGUGUGGUUCUCCGUAGAGAUUAAAAGCAAACCUGCAGCACCAGUAAGAAAGAUAGAUGUGAAAUGCAGAGCUCUGGAUACUAUUGGAAUCCAUAUUCCCAUCACUAAUCCUUCAGAUGAAAUUCUUCAUCUGAGUGUGGAGCUGGACAAUCAGUCACUUUAUGGACAAAAGUCUUUCACUCUUGGGCCUAAGGAAAAAAUUUUAUAUCAAGUACGGUUUUCUCCAGCUGUUGUUGGCACUUCAGAUGGAAGUAUCAUAUUCCUGUCAGAAAUGGUUGGAGAGUUUUGGUAUGCACUGGAGUUGAUUGUAGAGAAACCAUGGACAACUCGCCUACCUGAAGUAGCAUGUGAGCUUGGAAAAUGGGCUCAUCUCUACAUACCUCUCUCCAAUCCUACACAUGAAACUCUGGAGCUAGAAGUUGUCAACAGCAAUCCUAUCAAUUUUUCAACUGAGAUUGAUCCAGAACACCCUCUGAUCGUCUCUCCUCAUUCCACCACUGAGGUACCCGUACGCUUCUGUCCAUCUGCCCUUGGAAGAGGCAACCACAAGGCAUCAAUAACCUUCAAAUGUUCACAGCUUCAAGAGUGGAUAUUUUACCUUUCGGGGUCUGGUCUUCCUCCUCAGCUGAUGGAGCCAACCAGCAUAAGUGCAUGUAUUGGCCAGCAUUCUUUUGUCAUCAUAUCUUUCAUAAAUCCAACUGAUGAAAACGUGGUGGUAGAUGUCAUCCUGACAGAUCAAGAGCAGUCCAGUUGUCACCUCAGUGCAUCUCUCCUAGCUGAGGCCACCAGUAAGGAAUCUGCUUUCCAUCUUCUGCUUAAACAACCACGAGGAAUCCAAUUAACACCAAAACAGAAAUUGGACGUCCCAGUAUUGUUCACACCAGAUACAAUGAAAAUGUAUGAGGUUGCAGUAGUAAUUCAUGUCAUGAGGGAAAAUGGUGAAAACUGGCCCUAUGAGGAUUCUGCUGAACUAAAUAAAGACUUAAAGAGCGCUGUUACUGUAGCAGAGAAUGGGGGAAUUCAGGGAAUACUCUGGAUCUAUCCAGUUCAUGGAAUACCUGAAGCACCGCAACAGAAAUUAGUUCCAGCCGUGGUGUGCUGUCAAGCCAGGCAGAGAGUGGAAAGAAGAGUAGAAAUACAGCUGACUGGUGUAGUGCCUGGUGCAAAUGCUACGCCUGCUACAAGAAAUUCUGCCAUGGUCAAUACAAAUAAGGCAGCCAACAUCCAAGAAGUAGAUGGUUUCUCUGCAUCAGCAGAAUUUCUAUAUGAAUUACAAUAUCAAUCAGAUGAAAUUAAGUCUCAGCUUGAAGCUUUGGUUGGCAUGCAUCUGGUUCAAAGAGAAUGGGAUACAGAAUCCGGAACUGGAACACUAACUUUUAAUGUAGUGUUUGCACCUAACAAACCAAUGAGGUAUAAAGCAACUCUCAUAGUACAGUGUGCUAGAGGAGGUGUUUGGAAGUUUCCAGUGCUGUUCAUUGCUACAGAGCCAGAAGUGGAUGAUGUUAUCAAUAUCGAAGCAGUUGGCCUGAAUAAGGAAUCUCUGGUCAGCUUUAGGCUUACAAGCCAGACAAGGAACCCAGAGCAAUUCACAGCACACUUCCUGGCAGGCAGUGAUCCGGAGUUCUUUGUGCUGCCACAAGCUGGAGAACUUCUUCCAGCAGGAACUGUGGGAACUCAUAUAACCGUGGGAUUCAAGCCAAGGAUGUACAGCAAGAAAUAUACAGCAACACUCAUAAUUCGGACACAAUCAAUGCAGUGGAUGUAUGAAAUCAAUGGACUGCCUCCCCAGACAGUACCAGCUACAAAGCCAGCAAAAGUUGUCUCUACUCACAGUUACAUAAAAUCAGCCACGGUUCGACAGCGCAAUUUUGUACGGGAAAAUCUGAAAGUUACAAGCACUGCGGUAUCCUCACCCUUUAAGGGGGCACCUUUAGUCCUGAGGACAAAGCAGCAAAAAUUAUAA